GUUAUUGUUCUUUUUUCCUCUUGCAAAAAUGUGCGCUUUAGCCGUAAAGGCGAUAUUAACUGACAUUGAAGGCACCACAACAUCAAUUAGCUUUGUUAAAGAUGUUUUAUUCCCAUACGCUAAACAAUAUACUAUGAAAUAUCUCCAACGCACCUGGAAUACAGAGGAAACCCAAAAUAUUGUUCAUGAUUUAAUACAACUAAAGGAGCAUGAAAAGUAUUUAGAAGAGCUCAAUGUAACGGAAGAGCAAAUAUGUCCAGAGACUGUGGCGAAAUUUAUAAAUGUUCUAAUAGAAAAAGACUUGAAAUUGGCUCCACUGAAAAGUUUACAAGGAUUAGUCUGGGCUGAAGGCUAUAAAGCUGGUGUUCUUAAAGGGCAUGUUUAUCCAGAUGUUCCAUUUGCUUUCAAAUGUUGGUAUGAUGCGAAUAUAUGUUUAGCCAUAUAUUCCAGCGGCAGUAUUAAGGCUCAAAAAUUGUUAUUUAAUCAAACUGAAUAUGGUGAUUUGUUGCCUUACAUUUCAAAGCAUUUUGAUACCACCAGUGGCCAUAAGCAUCAAGUAGAAUCCUAUAAAAAUAUUGCUAAAGAUAUGGAUUACGACAUUUCAGAUAUCCUAUUUCUGACAGAUGUAAUUAAAGAGGCGGAAGCUGCUCGACUAGCUGGAAUGCAAGUCGUGGUUUUAUCCCGACCUGGUAAUGCUCGCUUAUCUGAACGCGAUAAAUCGCAAUUUUUGGUAGUUAACGAUUUCAAUGCACUUAAGAUAGUAGCUAAAUAAUAAAUAAACAAAUAUAUAAUAUAAAUGCAUAAA